AUGAGGGGGAUUCUUGUUGCGCUCACCGCAGCACUCAUCUUUUGCUCUCUGACUCCUGCACAGCCUGUUUUGCACAUUCAAGAGACGAACAGGGCCAAGAAUCGAGCGAAUCGGAAGCUGGUGGCACGACAGCCGGAGUACAAAGCCGUCGAAACGCUCGAGAAGAACGUCAACAUUGCUAUAGCUGUGGGAACGGCUCUCGUCACGCUUGUCUCUGCAGGCGUCGGUGGCAUGCUCCUCAGCGAUCACCUCGCCUGCAAAAGCGUCGCAAAGCAGGAAGAGAUCAUGCAGAAGUCGUGGGACUCGAUGCACCCUGAUGGCUUUACACCAGCCGGAGACCAGAUGCGACCAGUAAGCUUUGAUUGCAGUACUCAGGAGCGAGGACUCAAACCCCUCCAAUCCUAUACAAAUGGCGCUGAGAUGUACUGA